AUGGAAAAUACUGAUUCAGUUGUUCAACAACAAGAAGAAGCAACACCACUUGCUGUACCUGUAGCUGAAGAUAAAUCAAAAACUAAUGAUGAACAACCAGUAGUAGCUGAAGAUGCAUCAAAAACUAGCGAAGAACAAAUUGUAUCAGAAGAACCUACAACAGCCAGUGCUGAACCAGCUGUAACUGAAGAUGUACCACAGGCAAAUGAUGAUACAUCGGCCAAGACGACUGAAGAAGCAUCGGUGCCAACAGAUGAGCAAGAAAAUGUUACUGAUAACAAUGCAGCUGUAGCAUCGACAAGUGUUUCACCUACUCGAACAAAUGAACCAUUGAAAGAAGUCAAUGAAAGUGAAAAAGACGAAUCAGCAGCUCUUACCAAUGGUGCAGAAAGUACGACUAGUAAAAAACGCGAAUUAGAACAAGAAGAAGAAAAAGCCGAUGUAAAUAAUGAUGAUGAACGAAGUGGUGAUCAAACAAAGAAAAUAAAAAUAGAUGAAGAUACUGAUACACCGAUUAUCGAUUCGAAAGAAGUAGAAAAUAAACCUAUUGUUAAUGGUAACACAGCUGUUGAAGUUUGA